AUUAUUAAUUAAUGGAUAAAAAUUUUGAAGCAGCUGAUAUAAGUGUAAUCAAAUCAUUAAAAGUGAGUGAUAAUAGCAAUUUGAUUUAUUUUAACAUAGCAAAAACAGUAAAAUAUAAAGCUUAGAUAGAUUGAUAUAAAUAUUCUUUAAGGAUUGGAAAUAGAUUUGUAAAAUAAAGAAGUUCAAGUAUUUGAAAAUGGCGAUGUUUCUUUUGGUGUUCAAGUGAUAGAGGAUAUUGCCUGCAAAUAGUUGGUACCAUUAUUUAUUAAUCAUGGUAAAUUUGAAAGUAUGUAUAAAAUAAAUAAAAUCAGAAAAAGAAAUAAGAAAAAUAGUCAACAUCUUUGAGACAGUUCCAAUGACAGGAAUAAAAAGAAGAGCAAUAAAGAAAAUACAACCUGUAAAUUAUAAAAUUUCACAUUUAGAGAAGUUUGAUUAACAAAAAUUGAUAUUGAAUAGGUGCU